AUGCUUUACUCUUUCUUUCUUUCGGUGCUUCUGCCCAUCACAUUCGCUCAAUAUCCACCUAUUUCAAACCUUACUAGAAUAACUUCCCCAGUCGAUGGGAACAUCACCAUUUCUUACAAAACACCACCAGCGGGCACCUGCCAAACAGUCUUCGAUUCUCAAGAACAAUAUACAGGUUGGGUUAAUAUACCGGGAAGCUAUGCGACAAAUACAUUCUUUUGGUUUAUCUCCGCGAGAGAUCCCACAGAUCAACUUACUAUAUGGUUAAAUGGCGGGCCAGGCUCCAGCUCGAUGAUUGGACUUUUCAACGAGAAUGGUCCUUGUGAGGUUAUCAAUGUCGCCCAGGGAAAGUUUGCGACGGAGGCUAGGGAUUGGGGUUGGGACAGAGGGUCUAACAUGUUAUAUAUUGAUCAGCCGAAUCAAGUCGGAUUUUCAUACGAUACGCCUACUAAUUGCUCCCUCGACCUUCUUACAACAGAUCUUUAUACUCCACAGCAAACCCGUCCGAACUCGCAGCCCGCAGAUACCUUUUUAAAUGGAACAUUCAGCUCUUUGAAUGUGAACAAUACAGCCAAUACUACCCACAUAGCGGGAAUGGCUAUAUGGCACAUGCUUCAAGGAUUUCUUGGAGCAUUUCCACAGUAUGCUCCGAAUAAUAAAUCUGCUAUGAAUAUUCAUUUGUUCGCGGAGAGUUAUGGCGGAAAGUAUGGACCAGCUUUUGCGACGCUCUGGGAAGAGCAGAAUGCGAAGCGCGCGAACGGCACCAUAUCCCAAAGCAAAACUAUUGAUAUUAAACUCAAAUCACUUGGAAUAAUUAAUGGUUGUGUGGAUGACCUAAUUCAAGCCCCUUACUAUCCCGACUUUGCAGUCAAUAAUACCUUUGGUCUCAGUGCCAUCAAUCCAACAAGGGCGAAACUGGCGACUGCAAACUUCUAUGCUUCUGGUGGCUGCAAGGAUUUGAUCACUCAAUGUCGAACCGCUGUGGAAAGUCAGGAUCCUACAAAUAAGGGUAAUGUUUCAAGUGUUAACAGUGCUUGUUCCAAUGCGUAUAACAGUUGUGUAACGAAUGUGAUGGAACCAUAUUAUGACGCUGGAAGGAGUGUUUAUGAUAUUUCUCAUAAUUUACCCGAUUCAUUUCCACCCAGCACAUACCUCGAAUACCUCAAUUCAGCCGAAUUUCAAUCUGCUAUUGGCUCACCAGUCAAUUACACCGAGACAAAUUUUCAAGUCGUUUCUGCUUUUACAUCCACCGGAGACUAUGAGCGCAAAUCUUACGUACCAGAAAUAGCUGCGCUUGUGAAAUCUGGAAUUCAUGUUGGAUUGAUGUAUGGGGACCGUGAUUACAUUUGCAAUUGGUUUGGUGGUGAAGCCAUAUCCUUGGCUGUUGCAAAACAGGCUUCUUCAGAAUAUGCUUCGAAGUUCCCAUCUGCUGGCUACGCUCCCAUCAUAACCAACACUUCUUAUAUUGGCGGUGUUGUCCGACAGUUUGGAAAUCUCUCCUUCAGUCGCAUUUACGAUGCAGGUCACAGCAUCCCAGCCUACCAACCCGAGACCGCCUUCCAGGUCUUUGCUCGAAUCAUAAUGGGCACCUCUGUUUCAACGGGAGAAACGAUCGACUCAUCAGUGUACAAUACCACUGGUCCUCUCAAUGCCACCCACACCACAAGUCUCCCAGCAUCCCCGACAAAUACAUGCUACCUCCGUAGCAUCCCUGAAACAUGCACGGAAGAGGAGAGGGAUAUGAUCAUUGCCGGAAAGGGUGCGAUUAUCGAUGGGGUACUUUAUAGUGAUUCCUCGGAUUACAGUGCUCCUACGAGUACAAUAACAGUAGCAAGCUCUGGAAGUGCUAGAACGGCAUCAGUCACAACAACUACAGAAAUUCUCACGGGCCUUUUUACCGCCACUGCAACACCAAGUCCUAGAAGAUCUUUUGCGGUUCCAAUGGCAAAAGUAGAUUUUACGGUUUUGGUAACAUCUAUAUUUGGCGCAUUGGGACUUUCGUAUUCCUUCAUCUGA